CGGGUAUCAGUUUCCGCCAUUUGUGCUGCCCUGUGAAUUGGUGCUGGGAAGGAAAAGAAAUUCCGAGCCUCCCCGCCGCCCGCACUCGAUUCAGAGCUGGCCCCUAGGAAUCGCUUGGAAGUUGGAAGCUCAUCCGCGUGCAUCUCGACAAACAGAGAACAGAGGGAGCCUCUCCCCGACGCGAGCGAUGCCUCUCUCCCGUCGACGGCAGCGAGCAGAGACCUGGAGGCCAUGGUCUUCCUCCCGUCUCCCAUCCAUGUUCUCUAUUCCCCCUGGCCGCGCCCCUCCCAGCUCAGGCCUAGUCCCCCCUUGCCGCCAACCACCACCGCCUCCUGCCCCUGCAACCGCUGCCAAGGCUCCCAUCCAGCCAACUCGCCAGUAGGAGAUCCGGCCCCUCCAUCCCGCCGCGGCCGCCGCCUGGACGGUAUUCCACCGGCCUCGAGGGGAACCGGUCGAUCCCGGACACAACCGGCCACCGCCGGCUCCCUCACGAGCCAUUGCGGGAGGGUCAAACUCAAGCACGCCGGGGGCGAGCGCCUCUUCGAGGUUCGUCGUCGUCAAAAUUCACGCCCCUGCACUUUCUCUCUAUUCGUUCUGUUGGCAGGAAAGAGAUCCAGCAUGCAGCCGCCGCCUCCCGGAAUUGCGCGGCUGCGCCUAGUUUCCCCUUGCCCCAUUCUGGAUUCACCCUCCCCACACCGCCGGGGGGUGCCUCCACCGCUGCCCGUCACCAGCAGCAAGCUGUGGCUCUACCGCAGACAUUUCUUUGUCGGUGGGCAUUUGUACUAUAUUUGCUUGGCGGUUCUGCUGCAGGUUAAGCACGUCAUUAGUGUCCUACGCCAUUGAGGUCCAUACAAGGAAGAUGUAGUGAAAGAAUUUGCACCUCAACAAGAUGGAAAUGUAGAACAAUGAAAGGAACUUGCAGCUAUGACCGUAAUACAUGUACUGUGGUUGUGUUGUUAGAUUGCAAGUUCUUAUGGCAGUGUAUUAGUUGUGCAAAUAUUAUGUCAUAUUUGGUGAUGUGAACGUAUUUUUUGUACAACAUCUUAUUGUGCUAUCUGAAAUAUUUGUGGAAAAUGCAUA